AAAAUUCAUCGACGGAAUCCAAUCUGUCGCCAACUGACGUGACCGUACGCCAGCAAACAGCCAAUGGUAAUAGUCGACCUCAUAGACGACAGUCCCAAGGAAUCCUGAGGGUUGACAUGCGAGCCGGCAGACAUGCCAUGGUCGUGCCACGACUAUCUGCUUCACAGGUGGAACCGUCGUCACCACAACCAUCGGUGGAUCGACUCUCGGUGACGUUCGCCAUCGACGAGCGCAACGGCGAAGAUAACGCCGCGGAAUCAUCGUCACAACCGCCGCCAAGCAGUGAUUUCGAUUUCAAUCAUCAUCAUCCACCGCGUAGACGAGCUACCCUCGAUGCCGCGCUCAUCAAGCGGCCAUCGCCCGACAUGCAGCGAUUGCACUCUUAUCACGGCAGCGAAGAGGCCGGUGGCGAGGAAGACGACUACUCGGCGUCGGCGUGCGCUAUCAUACAGAGGCGCAACUCGUCUCGACGCCACAGUCGGCGAAAGCGACGACCUUCUUCGCCGUUCAGCCCUGACGCCGAGACGGCACUUCGACGACGAUCGUCCGUUUUCACGACCAGCUCCGGCGACACGGCAAUCUCGAUGGAGGAUGCUGGCGCGACGAAUUUGAUCGAGGAUCAAAUCUUCGAGAACGUGAAGCUGCACAAGGAGGUGUUGCACGGCGUGAAGCAGCAGCCGUGGCCGCUGAGGAAGAAGCUGAAGCUCGUGCGCCAAGCCAAAGCCUACGUGAGCAAGCACGAGGGCAAACUGCAGGAGAGGCUCGCCCAGACGCGCAGCACUCGGGAUGCCAUCGCGCGCGCUUCCAUUCUGCUCAACAAGAAGUGGCAGUACUUCAAGCGAGAGCUGAUCAAUUUUAAGACGGUAUUGGUGCCGUGGGAGCGACGCAUCAAGCAAAUCGAGUCGCAAUUCGGCUCGGCAGUCGCGUCCUACUUUAUAUUCCUGCGCUGGCUGUUCUGGGUGAACAUUGUGAUCUCGGUGGUGCUCAUGACUUUCGUCGCCAUUCCCGAGCUUCUAGCGACGGUGCAGAACGCAACGGACGACGCGGGCGAGCGCAAAACGAUGCUGCCAGAGGAGCAAGUCAAAGCCAAUCACUUCCUCACCCUCUGGGAGUUCGAGGGCAAUCUCAAGUACUCGCCGUUCUUCUACGGCUGGUACUCCAACAAGCACACUUACAAAGCCUACAAAUUGCCGCUGGCUUACUUUGUCGUCAAUCUCGUUGUCUAUACCUACAGCUUCGUCGCGAUAUUAAGAAAGAUGGCGGAAAAUUCGCGCAUGAGUAAGCUCUCGGAGAAGGAAGAUGAGUGCGUGUUCUCAUGGAAAUUGUUUACCGGGUGGGACUUUAUGAUUGGAAAUGACGAGACAGCUCACAAUCGAAUUGGCAGUAUUGUUUUGGGAUUGAAGGAGGCAUUGCUAGAAGAGUCGGAAAAACAUCGCGAUGAGAGAAACUGGAAAGUCAUAAGCAUCCGUAUCUUCGUCAAUCUGCUGGUGAUCGCAAUGUUGGUGUUGUCAGCCUGGGCAGUUGUGGAAGUGGUCGAUCGCAGUGAAGACGUGCGCGCUGCCAACAGCAGCUGGUGGCGUCAAAACGAAAUCACCAUCGUCAUGACACUCAUCACUUACAGCUUUCCAUUCGUCUUCGAAGUUCUUGGAAUUAUUGAGAGCUAUCAUCCGAGAAAACAAUUGAGACUGCAGCUUGGUCGCAUCAUGAUUCUUAAUUUGCUCAACAUGUACUCGUUGAUAUACGCUCUUUUCAAAAAAAUCAACUCGUCGGACGAAAAGCUGCAAAGUUUGAAGCCGAAGGAGUCGAUUACUAAAUUCAUGUGCUUUAACGUACCGGUGUCUUGCGGCGAGCCAAGUACACUUCAAACAGUAUUAUCACUAACUGCUAUGAGUUUAAUCAUAAGCUCGAACUUUUCAACGAAUAACGCAGCGAAAAUAUUUCAUUCGCCGCCUCAACUUUUGACUGCCGCUGAAACGACAAAGUAUACGCUGCUGAUGGACAACAACAUAUUCAACGCAUCUCAAGACCAAAUUCCAUUGGGUCCAUUUGACGUGAACAGUAUAUUCAGCGAUUGGUCGAUUUUCCGUGAAGAAGAUCGCAACGACACAAUUGAUCCUUUUAUGUUUGAGAUGAAUAAUUUCACUGAAUCUACGAUCAGCUUUAGUUCGCCUUCGAAUAGCUUGAGCACCGAUUUCAUGGAUAACUCAAGAACCACGGCAACUGUCGAUUCGAUGGACAAUUUAAGCAUAACAACGUCUACAGAUAAUAGUAUUAAUUCGGACGACGUGCCUUCAGUAUGGAAUCCAGUCACGCAAAUCGACGACAAUGAUAUUGUCAUUGAAGGAAUUCCUAACAUUGAUGAUAAUGAUAUAGGAGUUCACGUUGUGAAUGACGAUUAUCCACACGAGAAUUUUGGUGAUUAUGGAUUUCUUGAACUGGAUUACAAUGAAACUUCGGAUGUACCUGGCGUUCAGAGUUUGAAUACCGAGAAAAUAACGGAUCCUACAUCUCCAUCGACGCCUUAUACCGUGAAUGCUAAUUCUUGUCAGGGGGUUGGCAAAAUUGUCGGGUGUUAUCAACGUAUUUGCGAGAAUAGAACUAUCAAACUUGAUAAUGUUUCUGUGUCAACGAAAACAUUAGAUUUGAAAACUCGCCGCCUGUUGCGUGGCCUGUGUUGGGAGACAAUGUUUGGCCAGGAAAUAGCGAAAUUGACAAUGAUGGAUCUCGCGAUAACCAUACUGUCAACAAUGGCUAUUGACUUUUUUCGCGCACUCUUCGUGCGUUACGUCAACAGUUGCUGGUGCUGGGAUCUUGAGAAAAAGUUUCCGCAGUAUGGUGAUUUCAAAAUCGCCGAGAAUAUCUUACAUUUAGUCAAUAAUCAAGGAAUGGUUUGGAUGGGUAGUUUCUUCAGUCCAGGCCUGAUAGUUCUCAACGUCAUUAAACUUGUUAUUCUGAUGUAUUUGCGAUCGUGGACUGUCCUUACGUGCAAUGUACCACACGAAAUUGUUUUCAGAGCUUCAAGAUCGAAUAACUUUUAUCUGGCUUUACUACUGACGAUGUUAUUUUUAUGUGUGUUACCUGUCGGUUAUGCCAUUGUUUGGGUAGAACCAUCAUGGCACUGCGGACCAUUUUCCGGUAACGAGCGGAUCUAUUAUUUAGCUACGAGGAGCCUUAAAAAUGCAUUGCCAAAAUACGUUCAUGACUACAAAGUAUUGGAGUACAUUGCGUCUCCGGGUAUAGUUAUCCCGUUAAUAGUUCUCAUGACAUUGAUCAUUUAUUACAUGGUUUCGUUGACCAAUUCUCUUAGGGAGUCAAAUAAUGAUUUGAAGGUUCAGCUUAGACAAGAACGAACGGAAGAAAGGCGUAAAAUGUUCAAAAUCGCAGAAAGAAGGCUGGAGAACGACACGCCUUUCGCAAGGUGGAAGAAGAUCCUCCCGGCUAGCAAAUCUGUCGAUGCCGCCACGAAUAAAGGUAACGUCAGUUAUAAAGAUUUAAUUCUUACGAAUAGAGUAGCAAUGGAAGAGAAGGUUCAAAAACGACGCUCAGCGGGCUCGGAAAACAGUGACGUAACCGAAGGUGAGCAAGAAUCUUUACCCAAUGAUCAAGUGCCUACUUCGUCGAAGAAUGUCGAUAAUGAAGUGGCCGCUGUCAUCAACGAUCACAGGAAAAACUCGUGGCGAGCGACGAGGUUGAAAGAAAAAAGUGAAUCGCCAGUUGAGUCGAUUGAGGGUGUCAGUACUGGUGCCAUACCAAAGAUUCAAAUUAGCCUCGAGGAGACUAAUGGUGAGAAAGUUGAAUUGGAUAUUGAAGAUAUUAUUAGAAGAUUAAGUACCAAUUCGGAUGAACAUUUGUAAUGUAGUUCCGUAUAAUACCGACUGAUUUCGGAUUUGCUGACAGUUGGAUUAAUUUUUUCUUUUUAAGAAUUAGUGAAGUUUUUUGUUUACUACAUUUUAAGUGCAACGUAUGACGACUUAAAAUGUGACUUACGCAAUCGUAAAGUCAGUCAGGUUUAAUAAAAAAAUAUACAUAUUUAAAUUUCAUGUCUCUAAAAGUAUUAUGUUAAAAAAUGUGUUGACUGCGAGAAAGAUAGUUUUUGAUGGCAUAAGAAGUUGUCAAAGUUUUUGUGAUAAAAACGAAAUGUAGUUUAUGUUGAAUGUUUCAUAUGUAUUAUUUAUAUUUUAAUGUCAUGUGAAAUAUAAAUAUUUAUACUACAAUUCACUAAAAAUUCAUUCAUUCAUUGAUACGUUAAAUC